AUGCCUGGGACUAUCAAGCUCGCUACAUAUCUGUUCAAGCGCCUCCAGCAGCUAGGCGUUGACUCUGUCCAUGGCGUCCCUGGCGACUUCAACCUCACGCUGCUGGACUACGUCGAGCCAGCCGGCUUGCGAUGGGUAGGAAGCGCUAACGAGCUUAACGCAGGAUAUGCGGCCGACGGAUAUUCCAGAAUCAAGGGAAUUGGCGCCAUUGUUACAACUUUUGGUGUUGGCGAGCUGUCCGCAAUCAACGCUAUUGCUGGUGCCUUUUCGGAGAGAGCACCUGUGGUUCAUAUUGUUGGCGUUCCCAGCCGUCCUAUGCAAGACAGUCGCAUUCUCGUCCAUCAUACCAUGAAGGAUGGAGACUUCACGCGUUUUGCGCAGGCGCAGGCCCUUUUCACAGUCGCCCAGACACGUCUUUGGGACCCCAGAACCAGCGCUGAGCAGAUCGACGAAACCCUAAGACAGUGUUUGCAUCACAGCCGUCCAGUUUACAUCGAAGUGCCCGUCGACAUGGUGUCUGCGCAAAUCUCGGAAGAGCGAUUGUCCCAGCCGCUGCGAUUGAUCCAGCCUAACCCCACCAAAAAUCAGGACCGCCUGAUUCACAAAAUAUUAGACAAAAUACACAUGGCAAAGAAGCCCGUCAUUCUGCUCGAUGGUGAGAGUCGAGGAAUUGGCAUCGUCCCGGAUGUGCAAGAAUUUUCUAGGGUCACCGGUUGGCCUACGUACGUGACUGGAUUCGCCAAGGGCUUGUUGGACGAGACUGAGCCGAAUUUUCAUGGCAUCUACAAGGCCAAGUUUGGCGAGGCGGCUGCGGAAACCUUUUUCAAUGAAGCCGAUUCGAUUCUUUGCUUCGGCCCCCAUUUCAGCACCACCAACUCAUAUGGCAAUGCGGCUCUCCCCAAUCCAGCCACUACUAUUUCCUUUAGCCACAACGAGACUGUACUGCAGGCCCAGCUCAUUCGCGACACACCAGCAAAAUAUCUUGUGCCCAAAAUUCUUCAAAGUGUGGAUGCAGCCAAGGCCAAGAGCGUCUACACUACGUAUCCUGAUCUCCCAAGAGACUCGAUCCUCCCCUUUUCAGAGGUUCCUCCUGAUGCCCCGCUUGCUCAAGAUCGCCUGUGGAACGUUGUUGGCAACUUUCUCCGCCCAGGCGAUAUUCUCAUGGGCGAAACUGGCACAUCUAGCUAUGGCUCGCGCAUCGUUCCGCUGCCAAAGCACUCUCGCUACUUUACGCAUGUAACUUGGCUCUCCAUUGGUUACAUGCUGCCUGCCGCCCAAGGCGCUGCAAUGGCCACCGAGGAACUGAUCAAAGCAUCAAAGUUCCAUCAAGAUGUUAAAGAGUCGCGAACCAUCCUCUUCAUUGGAGACGGCAGUUUCCAAAUGACAACGCAAGAACUUGCUACAAUUAUCAGGCACAAUCUCAAUGUGAUUGUUGUGCUUGUCAACAAUGACGGCUAUACCGUGGAGCGUUGCAUUCACGGCAAGGAUGAGAACUACAAUGGUAUUUCGACUUGGAACUACCUAAAAGCACCUGCCCUUUUCGGCGCUAGGGACGACGCUUACACGGCGACCGCUAGAACAUACGGAGAGCUGGAAAAAGUAUUCAACGACGAGAAACUCAAGGAUGGGAAGGGUCUACGCAUGGUUGAGAUUUUUCUAGAUCGCGAUGACGCACCCAAGGGCCCUCUCUUUGACUAUAUGGAAAUCCAAAAGGCUGGUAACGGCAUUCUGGUUGAAAAGGAAGAGCUGGCAUAG